GUCGUCUGCUAAUGUUUACUGGCAGCGGCUGAGAGGGGAGGCAGUGACAGUUGAGCGGCGAUGGCGGGGGGACGAGCACCCAUCAGCACCGCCGCCAUAUUUGUAUUUAUCUGCACGUGCCUCGUCGCUCCAUCCACCGCCAGCCUCGAUGUCAAGGCCUUCAGCACCCUGGCCAACAAGACGACGGAGUGGCUGGAGGCUCUGCACGCCCGCACCACCCACAGCAAACCUUCUGGACACUAACAUGAAUGAUGACGCCAUCGUGAGCAUCAAGCCUGUGUACCUGCCCACGAUGGUGGAGGAAAUGGCUAAAAAGAUUCAAGACCAUUUUGCCUCUAAACGAAAUGCACUGCAGGAGAUCGUGGUCAUGCUGGAGGACGCCACAACCUUCUACAUCUGGAACGACGACCUUCGCCUCAACACGUCCCGCCCGCUGCUCAUGAAGGACAUCAGGGACCUGGACCCCAGCAACAUCAGUCAGUUUGAUGAACGGCUGGGCGUGGCUGUGCGGCAUAACGUGUCCGGUAUUCACGUGCCCCUUGAGGUCUACGAAGGAUGGUUAUGGCCCAACAUCAGGGAACAUAGGGAGCAGGAUCCUGAAAUCUUAAAUGGUCUUCAGUGGUCAGCAGUUGUUGAUCAGGUGUUUCAAGAAAACUAUGAAAAAGACCCAACCCUCAUGUGGCAGUACUUUGCUGCACAAACUGGUUUCAUGCGUGUGUAUCCUGCCACCAGCUGGUACGUCCCCCCUUCACUGGUGGACCUGGACCUAUACGAUGCUCGGCUGCGGCCAUGGUACAUCCAGGGCUCUGUGUCUCCCAAGGACAUGAUCAUUUUGAUGGAUCGGAGUGGCAGUGUGCAUGGGCAAACCUUCACCAUCAUGAAAUGGGCGGUGAAGACCUUGAUUGACACACUUGGAGAAAAUGAUUUUGUUAAUGUUGCUGCUUUCAACAGUACUACAGAAUGGGUGAAUAACUGCACACUUUGUGAGGUUAACAAGACAAGUGAGAACAAGGACUGCAAUCAGCUGCUGGUUCAGGCCACCGCCAACAAUAAGAAGAUUCUGUUCCGUGCCAUUGACCAGCUGGAGGAUGGCGGCAUGGCCAGCUACUCAAAUGCCCUCACUUUUGCAUAUGAAGCAUUCAUACAAUUUGAGGGGACUCGGAAGGAAGGGGAAGGUGCCAACUGUCUCAAGACCAUCAUGCUGUUCAGUGAUGGAGGGACGGAGUGGCCAGAGGAAGUCUUCAAAAAUUACAGUGCUAAUAAUUACACCAAGUCAGUGCGUAUCUUCACCUACGCUGUGGGUCCACACCCCAUUCCCACCGCCGUGCUGAAGCAGAUGGCUUGCACCACAGGUGGAAUGUACUCCGUCAUCACCACAAGGAGUAGUAUUAGAACUAAAAUUCAGGACUAUUUGCAAGUGCUAGCAAGACCUCAGGCUCCCCCUCUAGCAGAGUCAAUGGUAACAUUCUACCAAGAGCGUGUGACAGAGGAGCUGACAGUGUCAAUAUCCCAGCCAGUGUACAACAACUCUGACUACACAAACACUUCAUCCCUGGUGGGUGUGGCCGGCAUUGAUGUGCCCAUAAAGACACUCAAGAAUCUGUCUCCCUUUGAAGACAUUGGACCAAAUGGCUAUGCUUUCAUCAUCAACAACAACGGCUUCCUGAUUCUCCACCCAGGUCUCCAGAAACAACUGUCCUACCUGUCUGGUCCACCACACAUAGACCUCUUGGAUGUGGAGGAGGACACAGAGAUCAUGACACUGAUCCGAGAUGGCAUGAUCACAGGGAAGUCAGAAACAGUGCAGAUCCCUGGUAAGAUCAGGAUUGAUGACCACCACCACAUCCCACACAAUGAAAUCCAGUUUUCUUAUACGCCCAUACCAAAUACUCCAUACAGCCUUGGCCUGGUAAAUCUCAAAAAUUCUGACCACAUGGUUGUUCAGAAGCCUGAAACACUGAAGAAGAUAACACUCAACAUUUCUCUAACACUUCUUGCUCCAUGGGAAUACUGCAAGAAUCAGCUGCCAGGGACAGAUAUAGAUCAGCUGAUGAAGCUCCAGGCCAGUAUGAAGGAUAAGAAAAAAAAAUGUAAUGACAAUCUUAUCCAGGGCUUGCUCUGGUCCCAGGGAUGGACAAGACAGCUGCUACAGAAGUGGCAGCUGGACCAUUCCCAGGAUUUCUUUAGCAGAUCUGUCUUCACCAGAUUUGGCCUCUCCAGAUUUUUCCCUAAUAGUGUCAAGCCAGAUGUUGCCCGGUGGCGUGACCCUUGGCACAACCCUGCCUUGAGGAGAGGUGAGGUUAACAAGGGAGUGUCAGUAAUCCCACACCCUAAAGGAGCCUACAUCUCAGCACCUGUCACUGUUAAGAAAGACAAAUCACAAGUUUUGGCUGGAGUUGUUGGAGUAAAUUUUACGGCCAGCGCCUUACGGCACCACUUCCUGGAGCACAUCAAGGACUCAGAGUGGCUCAAUCAGGAGGACUACCUGCUGUUGCUGCUGGAUGAUGGGGGCCUGAUUGUGACUGCCAACAGGAAGGAGUUUUUUGGAGUAACACUGCAAGGAAGAUUCAUUGGGGAUCUCCCCAUACCAAUUCUGAAUAACCUCAAAGACUCAGGUGUCUACAAAAUGGACAUAGUGGUGGACAGGCAGGCUCUCUGUGAGCAAAAAAAGCUAAUUGAGUCAAGUGCAGGACUGAGAAGCCAUCACGUCCCAAACAUUUUCUCACUUGUCAUCAAUCUACUGAUAGAAGUUUUCUCCUGGACUGAAUAUUUGAGAUACCUUAUAUACAGCGGCGUCCUUGCCGUGUUAGCGCCAAGUGUGGACGCCUGGACCGAGUGGGGCAUCACACAGAUUGGUGGUCUGGAGGACUGCACCAAGGAGAGAGCUGUGUACUACUUUGGGGACAUGCACCCCCUCUCUAGCAGCAUGAAAUGCACCAAUGCAUCAGACAAAAUUCCAUUCUGGGCUCAUCGACUACCCAACACCAAUGCAUUACUGGUUGCAAUUGAGAUGAAUCCAAACUUCCCCGAGUGUGGCGUGUUCUCAGACUUGCCCAGCAUCCACGCACAACGAGUUGAGGAGGUUGAGUCUUGUGCCUACCAAGCCAGGUUCCGGAAGCGACCAGCAAGCCAGGCAGCAUGUAAUGCAACAGUGGGUGAUGGCGGAUGUAACCGAUGUCCUCAGCAAAUAGAAAUUUCAGUGGUUUUGUUACUGUUAAUGUUAGCGUUCAGUACAGGAAGUGUCAACAGUAUUUAUCAUAAUAACUGAACAUAACCAGGAACCUUUGAAACAUGGUAUAUUUUGGUCAGUACAUAAUUCUGUAGAGUGCAAUAAAUAGUAGAUUAUCAGUAAAUAUCCUUUUUAACAUGGCAUUAAACUGGAAUUUUCCCUCAACACAGUGUAAAUAUACUAUUUUAGCAUG